CCCCAUGAGUGGAAGAAAUCAAACAAAGCAAACCAAAGCAGAGAGAACAUUUCUCCCCACACCAAAGAAACCAAGCUCAAAGAAAUCAAGAAAGCAAAGAAUCCGAAAACGCAAAACCAAAAACAUGCACAGGUUCAGCAACUCUCUCAUCGGUUACCUGAACCUGCUGAGCCUCCUCGCCUCCAUCCCCAUCAUCGGCGGGGCCCUCUGGUUUGCUCGGAGCUCCGCCACCUGCGAGUCCACGCUGCAAACUCCCCUCCUAAUCCUCGGCUUCGUCAUCCUCCUUGUUUCCCUCGCUGGAUUUGUCGGUGGCUGCUUCAAUGUUGCUUGUGCUCUUUGGUUCUAUCUCUUCGUCAUGCUACUGCUCAUUGCUGCGCUUCUUUGUGUCACCGUGUUUGGAUUUGCUGUUACCGGUGGCGGAGGAGGGACUCAGGUGGCAGGGAGAGUGUAUAAAGAGUAUAAGCUGGAGGAUUAUUCCGGGUGGCUGAGGAAGAGGAUAUCGGAGGACAGGUACUGGAGGGCGGCGAGGUCUUGCGUCGUGGGAUCCAAGGCGUGCGCGCAGAUCGCCUCUUGGACCCCGCUGGAUUACCUGCAGAGAGACCUUACUCCUAUUCAGUCAGGUUGCUGCAAGCCUCCUACAUCAUGCACAUAUGGCACAACCAUGCCAAUGGCCACGACGCAGGAUGAAGACUGCUAUAGAUGGAACAACGAUGCAACUAUUCUAUGCUACGGUUGUGACUCAUGCAAGGCAGGAGUUCUAGAGCAAGUGAGGAUGGACUGGCACAAGCUGUCGAUUCUCAAUGUCGUCGUCCUCAUUUUCCUCAUCGGGGUAUAUUCCAUCGGAUGUUGUGCUUUCCGGAAUGCACAGAGGCAUGAGUCAGAUUAUCCUUACGGGCACAACCACAUGUCCAAAGUCAAUCCUCGAUGGGAUUAUUACUGGUGGAGGAGGUGGCGCGACAGGAGGGACCAGCUUUACUAGCUACCAUUCUUGUUCAUAAUGCCACUAUCCACUGUGUUAUAUUUCCAUGGCAUGGUUUUGUGUAUGAGCAGAAGUGUGAUUAGAAUUAUGUUCUUCUUGCAAGCAAAGAUUGCGGUUUGUAAAUUAUAUAAUUGAAUACAUUCCGUUUACAAGUUUCCAGUUUCAUAUUUA